AUGUGCCCUUCCAAGGCAAUUUUCUUUGUCUUCUCGGUUGCCCUCUUCUUUGGCAUCCAGCCUACCUCGUCGGCCGCGGCAUUCAGGGGGACAAACUUGUUCUGGGAGCCUUUCCACCUCUCCAGAUCUUCCGAUCACCGCGCCAUCUACUCGGGCCGUCUCCACUUGCACCUCUUUCGGGAUGUAGACUUGGAGCACUUCCGCGUCGAAGAGGCCGAUGAGUCCUCUCCCCUCCCUCUGCGUGAGCUUCAAAACCAGCUCCGCUACGAGAAAACUCUGCGUCGGUUCUUGCACCUUGGGCCCGCCGAAGGCAACAGACCUGGUUUUGUUGUUGGCUUCCCCCUCGCCCCGGAGAUCGGGUACGAGCAUCGGGUAACAUUUGCGUUGCUCGCCGCUCAUCCUCUUGUGAACAACUUUCCUGUGUUCACUCUGCACGGCCUGGCACAUGUGACUGACUUCGAGAAGAAUGAUAUUGAGGAGCUUCUUGCCCAGGUACCACCUCCUUUCGACCAUGCCGUCGGGGCUGGAGACGUCCUGUCCAUGGUGGAAGUGUAUGAUGAGGCUUUAGGGCUUCAUGCACUCUAG